AUGCGCAUCCUGUGCGACGUGUGCGAGGCGGCACCCGCCAAGGUGUUCUGCGCUGCUGAUGAGGCUGCUUUGUGCCUGGCGUGCGACAACAAGGUUCAUGGGUGCAACAAGCUCGCCAGCCGCCAUGUGCGCUUAGAACUCGCAGAGGCGCGUGCCAUCCCGCGCUGUGACAUCUGCGAGAACGCGCCUGCCUUCUUCUACUGUGCAGUGGACGGCACGUCUCUCUGUCUGCAGUGCGACCUGGAUGUGCACAUAGGCGGCAAGAAGGCACACGAGCGAUACCUGCUCAUGGGGCAACGCGUGGAGGCCUGCAAAGGGGAAGUGGGGGUGGUAACCCCAUCCCGCCUCACCUCACUCCUUUCCCCUUCUCGUUUUUCCCUCCGCGCUCUGUUUGUCCCCUUUCCUUCCCCGUCACCUCUCUCCGCCUUCCUUCUUCCCCUCCCCUCCCGCACCUUUCCCCCCCAGCUUCCCAAGACGCCCCCCGCUCUGGCGGAGGACCCCACUCAGCCCGCCAUCCCCCCACCCCUCUUCUCCACGUCUCCCCAAGACGCCCCCCGCUCUGGCGGAGGACCCCCCCAGCCCGCCCUACACUCAGCCCUCUCCACUCCCUUUUUUUCCCCUCUCCUCCCCUUUCUCCUCCCGUCCCCCUCCCCCUCGUCUUCCCCCCAGCUCCCCAAGACGCCCCCCGCUCCGCUGGAGGACCCCACCCAGCCCCCCCUCCCCUCCCCAGGGGGGGGGGCUCCGGACCACCCAGCCAACCGCCCAGGCGCGCAGGGAGGGGGUGGGGGUGGUAACCCGACUGGUAACCCUACUGGUAACCACAUGGGUAACAUGGGGAACGGGAAUGUGGGGAAUAAUAUGCAUAGUGGUCAGGGACAUGGAGGGGCAGGUCAAGGGAACGUGCAGGGUGGUAUGUGGCAUGAAGGGGCGAAUGAAAGGGCAGAGGUGGGAGUAGGCGCAAGGGGAGGGGUGGGGGCAGGGACAAUGGGCGGAAAUGGGUUGUUUCAGUUGCGGUCUGGUGCUGCUGGGUUGGGUCCGGUGACAGGGACCGGGCUAGGGAGUGGGAUGGGGAUGGGGGUAGGGGUGGGGAUGGGGGUUAGGAGAGCUGGUGGUGGUGGGGCAGGGAGAGGAGGCGAGGAGGGAGGGGCUCGGAGCAUGGUUAUGGGGAACGUGAGUGACGCCCCUGCUGUUGCUAUAGCGGUGGGGGAUGAUGAGAUCCCUGCGUUGUUGUCACCUGCUGUAGAAGCACACGAGUAUCAGCAGCAGCACGUGCGCCAGCAACAGCAACAGCAGCAGCAGCAACACCAGCAGCAGCAGCAAAAGCGAGAGGAGGGGAAUCAAGGCAGAGGGGGCAUGAUCGAUUUGAACUCCUGGCCUCAACGGUCUACUGAACCCUCCCAAAAAAAGCUGUAG